AGACUCUUCACUCUUUCAAGAAGAAAUAUAAUACUAUGACGAUCUUUAACUGGGUGCAGAAGAAGCUGCACCAAAAUGUCAUCAGAGAUGGUGUGACGAGAAACGAGAAAAAGAAGAGAGGUGAAGGAACAAGUGAGAUAGAGAAGAACACGAAAGCUAUAUUGGAUCAGGUUGGGUUAGUGGAUGCUCUUGAUAACUGGUUUGAUGGAGUUCUCACCAUCGGCACAUUCGGUUUUGACAAUUUGAAUUUUCAAGAAGAAGCCGAAAUAGAUGAUGGUGAUGAAUGCGAGAGUGUGGGUUUCGACUAUGUUGUAGUCGAUGGUAGCAUCAUCAAGAACGUCAACCAAGAGUCGGAUCCUCUUAUCUCCAAUGAAAAUAAGGGUUAUGAUCAUCAUGAGGAUUUAGGGGUAUUGGACAUUAAUCACUUUGACUCGGCCAAAACUGUUGAAGGGCCGGUGGUCGCGACAGCGGUCGAGGCCGAGGCGGAACCGGAAAAGAAGAGGACAACACUAGCUGAGCUUUUCAUGGAAGACCGAGACCAAAACGAUAAUAUGAAACACGACAAGAAGAAACCAAAGAACCCUAACUUUGAUGUUGAUGGCGAGGAGGUUAAAUAUCAUAAACAAAACGGGUCAAAGCUGACUAGUAAGUUCUCGUUUGCUAAGAAGAUUAAGUCCAAAGAAAAAGUAGAAGACUCGUGUCCAAUCAAGAAAGUGCACGACUCGCGUCCAAUCAAGAAAGUUCAUCAGAUGAUAAAGAGGAUGUUAAAGAAGAAGAUCCAUCCAGAUAUGGAUGCGACUAAGGCUUCAAAAAAGGACGGUCCAUACAAGCCGGCUCGGAAAUGUGAACCUCUCGAGACACUUUAUCUUCUUAACGUUCCAGAUUGCGUGGCCUAGAAGCCUCAGAACGAUAUCGUACAAGAGCAAUUACUAGACGUGUGCUUUUCAUAUUGUAUGUGAUUUCUAUUUUUUUUUGUUAUAUGAGAAUGUGUUGGUAUCGUUAAGAAGGAUUUGCUUCUUUUGACAAACCAUCACGGAGUUGUCAUUGUUUGUUUAUGUUUAUGUUUAUGCAUAUUUUAUUUUAUUUUAUUUCUAUGUGAUAUAACUUCUUAAAUCGAUCUCGACGUGUUUAUAUAUGCUUCGUUC